AUGGUGCUCCGACGCCUUGAAAACCAAGGAUCGGGGAGUCUUGGAGGGACAAUCGAGGCCGAAAAGAUUUGCAUGGUGGAGUCUGAUCGGGGCAAGUGGGUAGUCAAAUCGGCAUUUGGGAUCGUGACGCAUGGUGGUGUGACCCACAUAGAUCCUGGUAAAUCUAGGCCACUGCCCUGA